AUGCCGUCAGAUCUCUUGUGUUGUGAGGUUGUGUCAGGUAACCUUCGGGGAAGGUUAUGCUGGCAGAUCUCUUUUGUGUGUAAGAUUGUGAUGGGUAACCUUCGGAGAAGGUUAUGCCGUCAGAUCCUGUUUGUGCAGCAUGGCUAUGCCGCUAAACCUCGAGUGCAUGCUAACAUGGUGGUGCGUAAGGCCCAUAUGUUGAGUAUGACUCCGAUGUGGAAAGAUCACAGAUGGCUGAGUCGCCAAAUCUUUCGAGGUUCGUGUGGGUACUCUUCCGAGGCAAGGGAAGCUCUGCCGCAGAACCGAGGGUGUAGUCAAGCGCAUUCUCGCACGUCAGAGCCCAACCGGAUUGGCAGCGUGGAGGCUGUGCAUGAAGGGAGGAAGACUCGGAGGAUAACCUGGUCAGCUGCCUUGGCCGAGUAUGGUACCAUAUGA